AUGGCAACAUUUGGCUAUAAUAAUACUUCAAAUAUAACAGAUCUUGAACCAUGGCAUAUUCCAAUGAAUAUUCUAAGAAUGACAUGUACCAUCAUAACAAUAAUUAUUUCUUUGAUUAUUUUGGGUCUUAUUGCUUCUAAACGAACACCUCGAACAGUACCAAUGAUGUUAGUUGCUAAUACAUGUUUAAGUGAAUUUAUUUGUGUAUGUACUGCAUUAAGUUUAGUUGCAUUUACACUCAAUAAUGAUCUAAAACAAAUUCAAUAUCAAGAUUCACUUUGUAUUUUUCGAGCUUAUAUUAAUUAUAGUAUGACUGUUAUACAAAAUCAUUCUUAUAAUCUUCAAGCAAUGUAUCGAUAUAUUACUGUUGUAUAUCCAAGUCGUAUUUCUUGGCAAUCACGUCGAUUAAAUUUUUGUUUAAUUAUUAUAACAUGGAUAUUUGGAUUAGUAUCAUUUUUACCAUUUUUAUUUACUAAUUUUAUAACAUAUAAUAUUGAAAAUCAAAUAUGUCAAUCACCUAUUCAAUUAUCAUUUCCUAUUAUUUAUAUAGCAUUGAUUAUUUAUAUAAUUCCAAAUAUGAUUUUAAAUAUAAUUUAUAUGAAAUUAGUUCGAUAUGUUCAUGCAAUGAAUAAACGUGUUACACCUGCAAAUAUUAAAUCUCGUGCUGAACGAGAAUUAAAAAUGGUUCGAAAUAUUGUUAUUAUUUCAACGAUUCUUGUUAUUCUUGGUUUACCAUAUGCAAUAUUUAUUUUAAUGUCAUUUUUUACAGUUAUACCAAAACAUCAUUUUCGUCUUGCUUAUAUUUCUAUUGAUGUAUCAACAACAGCGGUGAUCAUUGCUCUUUUUAAAACUACAGAUCCAAUUAAAGCGACUGCAAAACAGAUUAUAAACGAAUUAGGAACUAUAAUUACACGAGCAAGGCCUUAA